AUGAUGGAAUUCGUCACAAUUGAAGGAUUCAGGACAAAUAGUAAAAUUGUCCACUGCAACAAUGGAUAUUUCUACAAACUUAAAUGUUCUAGGCCCAAUUCAAAAUCGCUACAAUGUUUAACAACAGACUGCACUGCUACUGGUCUCAUUGUGGACAAUUUAUUGCAUGAAAAGCGUACCCAUACACAUGAUCCUGACAUAGGUUACUCGGCACUGGUAAAUCUGAAAAAAAAUAUUUUACUAAGGUGUGCAGAAGAAUGUACCCCACAUAGGAUAAUUUAUGAAAAUGAGACAUCAAGAACACAAGGCUUGGAAAAUCGUUUGGAGUACACUUCAUUUUUAAGAAGUAUGGAGAGGGCAAGAGCUGCAGCUCAACCGAAAAUUCCAAAUGAUCUAAUGGAGUAUGCAGGUGAUUUGGUAGAUCCUCGCUACAGUCACCUGUUUAGAACGGCUAACGGACGAGCAAUGUUCAAAGGAUUUGUAAUGGGUGCUCCUGAUGCCGGAUCAGCAGUCGUAUUCAUCUCUCCAUCCCUAGAAAACCUUUUUACUUCUGCUCGAGAAAUACAUGUUGAUGCAACGUUUAAGAGUAGGCCUCUGGUUCCAGCAACAGAACAAUUGUUAAUAAUUAUGGCCAUGUACAUGGACCAGGCAUUUCCAGUUGCAUAUGCUCUUAUGACGCGAAAAACUGAAGCGGCAUACACCAGUGUGCUACAAGUUACAACACAUUAG